AUGGUAUAUACCCAUUCGCUGGCUCGGCCAGUUGAUAUGCAUCGAAGGAAUCUCGCUGCGGUUGGAAUCAUAUUCCAAGAUCUUCGUCACCGCGUGAAGAGGAUCUUUGUAUAAAACACCUUAUAUAUUUCGUCUCAAAAUGGUCCGUACAAAAAAUUUGAACGCCGCUUCUGGAAGAAAGAAACGGAUCGAAGGAAUCGUCGAAAAUUUAAGCGCUAAAGCGCUUUCAACGCCGUGUAUUCCUGAUGAAAAUCACGCGGAACCAAUUUCUGUUUUGGGGGUUCGUGAAAGAUCAGUGGAAUCAAUAACAAACAGAAGCAGUCCCUUUGAGACAGGUAAAAUACCUACAACUAUUUAAACGUGCUAAAGUAUUUUGUGUGUGGUACCUAAGAGCUGUAACUUUGUUUAUUGGUUUGAUUUUGGUCGCGUUGUUAUGAAUUAUUUCAUUGCAAAGGGCAAUCUUCUGUAAGCAAAUGCUCUUCUUCCUCAACAUGGGAUUCAAGAGUAUUUGGACCCUUGAGAAUACCUCGUGAAUUUUCGACUGAAUUUUUGAAUGAUUACCAAAUAUUAUUAGUCGUAUUUGUUAACUAAGCUUGACUGUUUUGAUCUUAAGUGAAAUCUUGAGUUUAAGUAGUUAUUUGAUCGAAUUUAUGAAGAUUUUAUGCUCCUUGUGGAAUAAAUCCAUGCUGCAUGCGAGCGUCGGCUGCCAUUUUGUAUGCAUGAAAGAAGAUCGCUCGGUUUCCUAUUAGUUGAUCUUUGGUUGUUUGUCCUUUAAUACAAAAAAAUUCAUAGCAUCAUUACUGAUUUUAUGAUUCUUCAUGAAAGAAGAUAUUAAAUAUGGGAUGUGUAGCAAAAUAUUUUAUGUAAUCUUGGUUAACCUUGUGGUAAUAAGUCAUUGGAAUGCUUCAUUUUGUUUGUCCAUAUAAGUAUUACUCCCAGUGAUUGUGGAAUUUUGUUCUUAGAAUGAAAUGUACCUUUUAAUUCCUUGAAUAUAAGUUUAGAACUGUCUUGAUAUGAUAUGAGGUAUUUUGAGACUUGAAGGUCUGAAGGAAAAUUAAUACACACACCACUUUGAGCAUGUAUGUUUAGCUGUUUAUUUAAUGAAAAUAUUAAUGUGGUUCUGAUAUAAUUUAUAAAACUAAUGAGUGCACUCAGUCAGGGAUUCAUUUAUUAAAUUGGGAUUCUUAAAAUCCAGAUUCUUCUUUGUCAAGUUAGGAGUACAAAUGUAUUAAUGCAAACCUCUCAUCCGAUUAUUAUGGAAUAAUUUGGAAGAUUUAAGUUUUCAUUACUGUUGAAACAUAGUUUGCUUGAGAUUGGUAUACAAAUAGUGAACGUUUUCAUUUGUGCAUUCAUAAGAACAUUCUGGCGAGAUGAAAGAUGAAAUGUUCCAUACAAUGACACAACAACCGAGAUGGAACAUUCUAUAAAAUCUCAUGGAAAUAUUCUUUCUGUUACAUGAAUGAAAAUAUUUAUUUUAAUAUUUGACAUCAAAAUAGAUUAUUGUCAUUGAAUUGGAGUAAGGGCUGCAGACACAAUGCAAUUAGGAUUUUAACUGUUUGAUUAAUGCAAACAAAUCAUGCAAUGGAACAAAACAUAUAGUUAGUAGUGUCAGUACACCAUGGCUGGGCUAUGCAAUGGCAAUUUUUAGUCAGUAUCAUAAUCUGCAUCCGCAAAUUAUCCACAACUUCCCCCAUGGGGGACAUUGGAAGUCAACUUCUCUUGCACUUCAGACGUCCUAGUACAUUUUACUAUUAUAGAAAUGAAUUCCACCUCUCCCCUUCCGGAUGACAUAGAUUUUCCUCCAUUGUGGAAGUUUGUAUCUUUCCGGACUGAUCCAUUAAAUGAUAUAAUUAAGGUGUUAUAACAUUCAUUAUGAUGCCCAGGAUUCCAGAUUAAUCAUCUAGUAGCAACCAUUAUCUAGUACCAACCAUCAUCUAGCAACCGUCGUCUAGUACCAACCAUCAUCUAGUACCAACCAUCAUCUAGUACCAACCAUCAUCUAGUACCAACCAUCAUCUAGUACCAACCAUCAUCUAGUACCAACCGUUAUCUAGUACCAACCAUCAUCUAGUACCAAUGAUCAUCUAGUACCAACCGUCAUCUAGUACCAACCAUCAUCCAGUACCAACCGUCAUCUACUACCAACGAUCAUCUAGUACCAACGAUCAUCUAGUAUCAACCGUCAUCUAGUAUCAACCGUCAUCUAGUACCAACCGUCAUCUAGUACCAACCAUCAUCUAGUACCAACCAUCAUCUAGUACUACCAACCAUCAUCUAGUACCAACUGUCAUCUACUACCAACGAUCAUCUAGUACCAACGAUCAUCUAGUAUCAACCGUCAUCUAGUACCAACCGUCAUCUAGUACCAACCAUCAUCUAGUACCAACCAUCUAGUACCAACCGUCAUCUAGUACCAACCAUCAUCUAGUACCAACCGUCAUCUAGUACCAACCAUCAUCUAGUACCAAUCGUCAUCUAGUAGCAACCAUCAUCUAGUACCAACCAUCAUCUAGUACCAACCGUCAUCUAGUACAAACCGUCAUCUAGUACCAACCGUCAUCUAGUACCAAUGAUCAGAGUGUUGGGGCUGCCAAGGUGAAGGUAAUAUAGUAACUAGCUGUAGCCCAUCAUGGCACCCUCUAAAGUUGGAUCUGCUAUCUUUUGUGUGUUAAUAUUUCGAUCAAAUCCCACUAUGAGGGCCUGACCAUAGAUUUCAAGUUCCGAAUUGCAGGAUUUGAAAUAACAUCUCGCACAAGUAACUACUUAAAGUGAGGUGAAUUAAUUUUGGCCCAGUCCUAGGGCUGAAUCAAUAAAUAUACUUCACUAGGUAUCCAGUAUUAUCAUGUGAGCAAGAUAAAGAGAUAUGGUUGGCUAAUGUACUCAUUAAUUAUUAAUGAGUUUGAGAUGUUUGGUUAUUUUUCUAUACAUGGAUGGAUUUGGUGGUGGUGGUGGUGGGUGUAUGUAGGGGGUGCCAAUUUCCAUAUAUUAAAUUUUUGAACGUGGCCGGCAUAUCAAACAAAAUGACGUUUUGGGCUUUGGGAGGCUUCUUUGACAAUCUAGGCAACUUAGAUUGAACAAUUUUCUGACAAGCUCAAGGUUUGAUUGACACAGCUGGGGGUUCUUCAGUGAUAUAGGCAUACAAGGCGGGGGGCUGGAGUCCCCCCAAAUUCUUGCCACAUAGGGCAAUUUUUGGUUCACUGUUGGUAAAAAAUUUGGUAACGGGGGGACGGGGAGUCACAAGACAUCGGACAAAAAGCGACCGCCCCCUAAAAUUUUGUCGCCUGUACGCCUAUGUUCAGUGAUAAUGCACCCUGUUCCUUGAGGGUGGAAGAAGAAUAUUUUAAAAUAUUUAAUAUCCCUACCUCUAUAAGUCAUAUUUCCACUUUAAAUACCUGGGGUGGGCCAAAUAUUCAUUCUAAUUCCUACUUGUAAUAUUUAUAUUCCUACCCUAAAUAUUCAUAUUCGUACCAUUCAUAUUCAUAUUCAUAUGCAUACUAAACUUUAAAACCAAUUAUUCAAUAUUCUUCUACCCCCAGUAUUCAAUAUUUGUCUUACACCCCCAACAGUCUCAAUCUGCUUUAUGAUCUAUUAUUAAGCACCCCCCGGCCCUCACCCCCUUUUAAGGCAUGUCCCUGGUUUCCGACCAAAACUUCCAGACGGAUUCUCUUCAAGUUCAAGCAGGAUCCAGUUCCGACUUAAAAAUAUUGGUUCCAGUACAUCCCCACCAUCGGAUGUCCUGGGUCCUAAAAUGAAUUAAUAGACAAUAAAAAGUGAUUCUGGGGCAUCAGGGAAAAGUACAUUUAUAACAAAGAGUCAGAGGAGAUGGACACAUAAAUAUUCAUGAUUUAUUAUGACCGAUGAGGGGCAUCAGUCCAUGAGCUGUUGGGAGAAUCUUAAUCACAGAUUCAGGAUUAUUACUGUUUAAUUGUGCCCCCCCCCCCCAGUGGGCUCUUUGAUCUGUAUCUGGUUGUUUGUCUAGUGCAUGGCUAUUCAUAACUUCGGGCAAAAAUCUCAGAUGAGGAAAUUAGCCAACCACAUGCACAGUGCUUUAUUUUGGUGAUGCGGUGAUUGUACUUGAGUCUUGAUCUAGUCAUAGGACUGCAUCAAAAUUAAGUUCGUACACUUUUAGGCCGGAAUUAUUUUGUAUGAAGCCCUGUACAGACGACUUUACUUGUUCGUGCGUACGACACUGCGCACUCAUCUUCGAGCGGCCAUUGCCAUUAAAGGAAUAAAGGUUCAUUAAAGACCAUGUAAAGUCCAUAAUGUAAACAAACGCUUUGUUUACAUUUUGAACUCAGUGCUACAGUUGUAAAAUAUGAUUAGAUAUAUAUUAUACUGAAUUUUUAACACUCUUCUGGUUCGCUAUGCUUGUUUAUGAAUACAGACUAGAGAUUCAAUUCAAGAAAGUUCGGAAUAUGCGAAAUAUUAAAGAUGAUAUCCACUCCAUUCUGCGCAUCAGUUCUGCUCAUAACAAAGGGGGACCCCCAGAUAUAAACAUUGCCCAAAUUUUGCAUCUUUCGAACUUUUUUGAACUGAAACGUACAGUUUAUGUACUGUUUAAUAAACGAGCAGGAGUGUUUUAUUAGGUUUAAAGCUAAUAAAAGACCUAAUAAAACAUGACCUGCGAGUUUAUUAAACGGCUUCAAACACGACCAAAUUCAAUAGAUAUACUGCCUUAUUGGUAUUCUUUAUAUAAAGAAUACUAACGAGGACAAAACGAGGACAUGACUACAAUAGAUACCUGCCUUAUUAGUAUUCUUUAUAUAGUAUUCUUUAUAUAGAGUGUUUUAUCAGGUUUAAAGCCACUGCACGUGACAUAUUAUGGUAUUAUGGUUGACAUGAUUUGUCAAUUAGCUUAUGAAUUAUUAAUGAUGUUUGAAAUUCAUUUACAAGCAUAACGAACCAGAAAAGUGUUAGAUAUUCAGUUAGUAUAUCAUAUUUUACAAAUAUAGCGGUUCAAAACGUAAACAAAGUUCGCGCAUGUGCACAGGAGUGGACAUCAUCUUUAAUAACUUUCCAAUGGUCGGGACCCGACCUUGCUUGCGCAGAACGUAUGCGCAGAACGGACUUUACAUGGUCUUUAAUUAAAUCAAUUAAAUCUCGUUUAUUUUGAAAUUCGCUUUUGAAGUUGGUAUAUCAUAGACAGUUUUAAAUUUUGUUGGCAGCUGCUUUGAACGAGAAUUAUCGUGAAAUUAGCCUUUCUCACGCCGCCAUUUUUGGGGUACGUGCUUUUUCCAAAUCUGAGAUUGUACGCAGUAAAUAAGGGAUUUGAAUAACUCUAAUUGUGAGUAUAAUCAUUAUAAGUUAAUUUGCGUUUAAAUAUUUGAAAAAUGUUUUCACAUCGCUUAGGUUUUUUACGUCGUUUUUGAAAAAGUACCGCAAAAAAUGACGAAUUUGGCCUUCGUGGAAAAAUAUUGGUCGAAAGGAAACUCGUACGUCGUACAAGUGACCUCGUUUGGACUUCAAACAAUAAGCUAAUAUGCCAACCAGUCAAAUGUGAGAUCCUUUGGAUUAAACGCAAACGUUGUAGCCCAAGGUUCUAUUCAGGUGUUGCGCUAUGACGUACAUAAAAAAUUCUCCGCCAUUUUGGGUGGCGAAAAUCGUUUAUUCAACCGACUACUACACAGAUGUGGACCAUUAUAACGCUUCAAAAUGCUCAAAUAAAAGCAACAGCAACAGUCAGUGCACAGUCUUGCUUUGACGCCAUGUUUGUCUUUAAUAACUAUUUUUAAUUUGAUGCUUGUGAUGUUACUCUGAGAGUAUAUCCACACCGGGCAAUUUUCUGAGUGUAUAUCCACACCGGGCAGUAUUCCCACCGUGGCCAGGCAUAUUUUUCAAGCUUGCCCGGUGUGGAUAUACACUCAGAGAGUAACAUCACAAACAUCAUAUUCACCUGAGUACAUUACACCAACACAGAAAAAAUCAUAUUAUUAGAUUACAUUGAUAUCGAGGGAACUAGAUUCGGUUCCGAAAUAUCACAUACUCGAACCGACCUGACCGCGUAGCUCAGUUGGCAGAGCAUUGUGCUAGUAUUUCAAAGGUCGUAGGUUCGUUUCCCACCGUGGUCAGGCAUAUUUUUCAAGCUUGCCCGGUGUGGAUGUACACUCAGAGAGUAACAUCACAAGCAUCAUAUUCACCUGAGUACAUUACACCAACACAGAAAAAAUUAUUUUUAAUUUGCCACCCAAAAUGGCGGAAGGCAUCGCACGAGAUCUUGGCGUGAUCUGUCCACUCAAGAAAAUUUUCGGCGGAAAGAAAAAUUUGAAGUUAAAAUUUUUCAACUUUUAACAAUGAUAUUUUCGGAAAAUGUUCUGUCCGUGGAAAUUUUUCAUGAGUGGAAAUGGGGCUUUAUGACUUGUCGUUGGCGGACCAUAUUGCAAACAUUGUGUCCAAAGCCAAUAGAAUGCUUGGUUUUCUGUUCUGAUGGUGUCUCUUGUGAUAUUCAGAGAACCCUUUACAUUUCGCUGGUAAUAUCACAUCUUAUUUAUGCCAGCCAAGUGUUGUCACCCUAUCUGCACGGAUCUAUUCACUUGAGACAGUACAAAGGAGGCCGUUUCAUCCUCCGAGGCUUUGAACUAUUAACUCUGUGCUAUUUCCUUCUUGACCUUCUUUUACUCUUUCAUUGUGUCAAUGGCAAAAUAGGUCUCUACAUAUCUGAAUUUGUCCGGCUUUCACACUCAGAAACACAUUGCGGAUCCUCCGGGUUGGACCUUCGCCCUACUUUACUCGCACAUCUGUAUUUCGCGCAGGGGCGGACUGGCCGGUCGGGCUCACCGGGCAAAUGCCCGGUGGGCCCCUCGCUUGUAAGGCCGUUUUGGGCCCCUUCAAAUUGGCUUAAUUUAAAUGUCAUUUAAAUAAAUGGCUAGAAGCUCCAAAUCAUAAGCAUGAGAAGUAGGAAGCACGCUUCCAACCACUUUCCUCGCCCGACUAAGGGCCCCUGCGAUCUUUUCUCCCCAGUAUUUUUCUUUUAUAUAUACACAAAAAGAUACUAAGGGAUGGCUUUGGGGGGCGCCAAAACGCAAAACGGGAUAACUGGGCGUUUUCAGCUGCAAAGAAACGUGAUUAACUCGAAGAUAUUCUCGGGUCAGUGCGCAAAUUUGAAAUUUAAAGCAAUAUAAAGUUAGUUAUAUACUGAAAAAAUGAUGGGGCGACACUGCAUGUUAGUAUAUUAUAGGGUCCGCGACCCGCGCAAUCCUCCGCCUAAAAUUUAGCUUUGAAAUCUUGGCAACUGGGCAACUUUUCAAUUACAACACCACUCUCGGAAUGCCUUCAAACGUGAGGCUUAAAUCUUCUUCAAUCAUUGAGAAUGUUUCAAUCUGCUAUUGGAAAACUUGAGAGUAUCAGCAGAGAUUUUCCAACUGUCCUGAAUAUUGCAACAUGUGCAGGUCGCAAAGAAAGCCAAGAGCAAACGGGUUAGCUUUGAUACCGAUGUUGCAGUAGAAGAAAGUCUACUAUCCAAAGCGACAGAAAGAAUUCGAAAAAGGAAGUUACAUUUCGGUGAAAAGGAUGACACUGACAAUAGGGCGAUGGAUGCAUGCUCACGAGGACUAUCAAGUGAAUGUUUUCAAUAUCGUAAUGGAUCAAAUUGUAACAAGCACCAAUAGUAGAUUUGAGAACCACAAGGACUUUACCAGGAUUUUUCCUGUUUGGACCCUUGCCAAUUUGAUGAAUGCAGAACAGACAGAGAAUGCCUGAAAAUGCAUUAGAGAGUCUUUGUGAAAAGAUUGGAAAUCAUGCAUGUUGAACCAAUUCAUACAGUUGUAAGCAGAAACAAGUUUUGCAGGUCAUGUUUCAGCUGCGAUUUCAAACGCUUUUAUGAAUAUGGUCUCAACUUAUCUACGUAUUCUGAACUAUAUGCAGCUCAUCAGUAUUUAGUACCGCUCUUAGUGUAACGCAAGUCGACUGCGAAACACGUUUCUUGACGCUUAAAUUUAUAUUAACAAGCAACAUUGGGCAGGAAAAAUUAGAGGCACUUAUGCUGACGUACAUGCAUAAACAGAUGAUCAAUGACAUAUCAAAUGAACAGAUCAUCAACCAGUUUGCCAACAGUUCCUUGGCACUGAGACGGCUCCUAACGCCAUGAAGACAUUGAAGAGUAGACAAUAAUUUCCUUUCUCUAUUUUGACGUUAAGAACAUAAAUUCAUAUUUCAUUUAUAAUUUAUUUGCGUAAGUUACUUUUAUAAAAUAAUGACAUUUUUGCAGAUCAAUGACUAAUGAUAAAAGUGCCUACUAAAAAUUAAAAUAGGAUAAGGUAAUUUUAUUUUUUUUUGGGGGGGUCAGGGCCCCCAUCUAGCCAAAUCGCCCGGGCCCCCUUGAGGUAGCCAGUCCGACCCUGAUUUCGCGAAUCAUAUUUUGUCCGUAUUUGCCCUCUGUCGAACGCGUUACCCCUUGCUAUCCCCAGUUGCGAGCGUACAGCAGUUUUCAAAAUUCAUCUGAAGAACUUACUGUAUGUUCGUUCAAUCCACCUUUGAUUUGGAAAAUAUCCGUUCGUGACGCCUUUUUUCCCCAUCUGCAGAAGCCCUAAUGUGGACUCAGCUUGUAGCUGCUGACCGGCUCACCGAGAGGUUGCACAGGGGUCGGGGCAAAAUUUUUCCAGGGCCCCUAUGACGUCAUAAUUGUAAAACAGGAGAAGCGGUGUUAUAGAAUAUAUUGCACUUUAUUGCAUAUUCUUCAGCACUGACACAGCUAGGAUAUAUAUUCUCUCGGGUAAGCAAUCUUAUAUCAACAAAAUUUAAAGCCAGGACUUCGUCGCUUUGGGGACCUGAGCUGAAGGCCUGGGGCAAAGUGCCCUCCCUGCCCCCACCCCUAAUUAAUUAAGAAGUCAUUUCCGUUAUGGUCAUUAUUUGAUUCAACAGACAAUAUACGUUCUAUAUAUACAUUCAAAGAACCUUUGUGGUUUGUUUAUUUCUUGCAAAAGACGAGCAGCCAGACAAUUGUAGGACUUUUAAGAAUUUCAUUAACAGCAUUCAUGAAUUUCGUAUAAAUUUCGGAACGUGGAUUUCAUAAGACAUGUGUGAAUUCUAUAGUAUAUAAGCUAUAUAAGUAUAGGUAAUAGUAUGGUUUUGAGUGCAAUUUGGAUGAUUUGAGUGCAUGUUUAUCCAAAUUUCACGAGAAACCAUGCUAUUACCUAUUAAUAAUUUAGGUAAAAGUAAUCAAAUCUGAACGUGACGAAAUGUGGGAAUCUUUGCGCCGCGCUAAGUGCAGCCAUGUUUGUUUUGAAAAAAGAAUAUUUUUAAAUUUUCCCCGCCAAAACUUAGCUCAAUUUUGAUUGGUUCAUAGUGAUUACAGAAAAUUGCACUGUGAUUACAGAUUUUUGCAUUGCUGUUUAGAAUUAACUGCACUGAAAUCAACCAAUCACAGACGAGUGAUACUUUUAUGUAUGAUAUUGCACAAGUAACCAUAGCUAGGCAAGGUUCGCACAAAACUUGAAAAUCUGUGAAAGUCCUUGAAUUUGAACAAUUUAAACAAAAGAAUCUCAUUGAAUAGCAUUUAAACAAAAGAAUCUCAUUAUUUUACCUGCAUUUACCCGUAGUGGGACUACUUGAAACCCAUUCACUGUAUAUCUCCUCAAAUAGCCUGGCUAGUUAUUCGUUAUUUUUAUUUGUCUGUUUUACAUUGUAGUUUCUUAUGAGAUUCCAGCUGGUAUGCAGUUUUUUGGUAUCAUUGCUUCCAAGCAGUUGUUCCAAGGGCAAAAGUUUGGUCCGUUUCCUGGGAAUAUUGCUCAAACUGUAGAUCCAAGUGUUUUGAACUACUCGUUUAUUUCUCAGGUAAGGGGGGGUGCCAAGUACGAAACUGUGUGGCAAUCAUCCUUACUUGCAGCUCAGAUCUAAGCUGAAUAUCAACUUGAUCGAGUCAUAGUUAAUAGAAUAGAUGGUUUGGAAAGUCAUUAGAAUGACAAUAUAACUCAUUAUCUAUGUUAUUCAACGUUUAUUCAUAAAUCUGGUCGUUCAUCGUCACGUGCGUAUUGUAUUUUUGCCCAACUAACCAAUAGCAAUGUUUUAGGGAAGUUGCCUAUCUGUGACUCGAACAAUAGGGUAAACUGGAAAUUGCUAUUGGUGAAUUUGGCAAAAAUACAAAACGUACGUGACGGUGAACGACCAGAUUUAUGAAUAAACGUUGACUAACACAGAUAAUGGGUUAUGUUGUCAACUUGUCAUUCUAAUGAGUUUACAAACCAUCUAUUCUAUUAACUAUGAUCGAGUCAAAGGCUUCAGUACUACGGUGGCAACCAGAAGGCUUACUACGGGCACCUAUUGUUGCCACCGUAAGACUCAUAUUUGAUCAUGGAGCCCAGCUACGAUAAGAGGGUUAGUCUUGUUCUUUUUUCAUUUAUAUAUGGACCAACUUUUUAGGCGACUAGCAAUACUCCGCCAAAUUCGUCGUCGCCAUUCAAUUUGUGCGUCUCCAUCAAUUUCAAUGGCUGUCGUGUUCAAUUUUACCUGAACUGCGGCUCGAAUUCUACACCUGGACCUGUACAGCCUAAAUACGUUUCCCCGUAUAUUUCCCGUAUUUCUUACAGUGGUUCUCAAGAGCGGUUUUAUAUUACACCAUUUUCCCAUGUUCGUUACGCGGCAUAUUGGAACACCUUUCACGGUUUGUGUCCAGGCUUUUGGCACUUGCUUUGGUCCAGACCCAGGGUGUUAGCUAGCCCAUAUUCUGCCCAUAUACUUCCCAAUUGAAGUAGCUAAGGGGCUUUCCCAAUUGAAGUAGCUAAGGGGCUUUCCCAACUGGGUCUAAAGAGCGUUUUAUUUACUUUUUCCCAUUAACUAUUUUCUCAAAAUGUAUCGCGUUUAAUUCAUAUUGGGUGUGUAUUCACUGAAAUGAAAUGUACAAAACAAAGUGUAAUCGGUGUGCAUCCGUGUUCAUUCACCGGAAAUGAAAUAUACAAAACGAAGUGCCAUCGGGUGCAUUUUUCAGUGUUCAUUCACCGGAAAUGGAAUGUACAAAACCAAGCUACCGUUGUUUGCAUCUAAGGAGAAACACGUUGGAAAAAACACUAUUUAUUCAAACACAAGGACUUUGAUCGGUCAAAAAAAACUUUCCCAAUUUACGUUUAACGGACAAAGCCUUUUUUUCUGGCUAACACCCUGACUGACCGUCCCGCGCUGUCCAACAAGGAUUUGCUCAAAGCAACCAUUUACCAUGGAUUAAAAUUUAACCUGGUGUUUUGAUUCGUAUAUUUGUUCAAGUGUGUACAUUUCCAAACUUCAGAAAAUAAAACUUCUACUGAUACAGACAAGAUUUCUGGGAAAAUAUUUCCGAGUUUAUAAACACUCUGUCACGAAGUUUAGUUUGAAAUUUAUGAACAAAGGUACUCGAUUAAAACCGGUUACCAACAUUUUGGCGUCUAUUAAUUGUAUCAUUUAGUGGCAGACUGUAUGUUGCUUCCGAGAUGCAUUCCGGGAUAUCAGAACCAAAUCGAUCCACUACAAAAUGUUCCCUUUUCGUCCAAAGUAAUAUACACGCUUCUGGAAAGUACGUCACCUUGGCUAUAGAGCCUCGUUUUCGUGAUUGAGACGUGGGUUUUAACUGAUGUCAUACACGAAAACGGGACCAGUGGUGCCUAAAUUACUUUGAAUUUGUACUCGAGUAAAAGUAGAAGUAAUUAACAAUAAAACGACUUGAGUAAUCGAGUAAAAAGUACUGGAAGCAAAACGUACUUAAGUAAAAAGUACAAAGUAUCCUUAAAAAAUACUUGAAGUACAAAGUAAAAGUACUAUUGUCUGUAGCGUGUAGAGGGGGAGGGUGACUUCUCCAAUGGAUUGACAUACAAAAGACACAAAACAGCACACGCGUUAUAUGCGUACACCGAAUAUACAUUAUAAAAUAACAUGUAUAUAACGCGUAUUCUGAUCGGUCGAAAGCCGUGUUUGGAUCAGGCCAUCCAAACACGGAAGACUACCGUGUUGUUGUUAUUUUAUAAAACAAUUACUUUAUGGUUUCCGUGUUUGGAUGGACUGAUCCAAACACUUGGGAAUAUUGCUCGAGUUAAGAAAAGCGGGCAAAAUCACUCGCCUUCGGCUCGUGUUUCGCUCGCUUUUCUUAACUCUCGCAACAUUCCCGCGUGUUUGGAUCAGGCCAUCCAAACACGGAAACCAUAAAGUAAUUGUAUAAUAUUUCACGGCAUGGUCUACUUUCCAUACCCCGUUGAAGAUAUAAGAAAUCCAUUUAAUAAAUAAUGCUUAUAAGUAAGUCACAAACGAGAGAUCCCAGACACAUGUAAGGUCGUAUUACGCAUCCCGAAAUUAAAAUAAAUCUGAUAUAAAGCACGCAAAAUUAAACAAAAGUUAGAAGGUAACGAAAUACUUCGCCACAAAAUGAAAAUAACGAAGUAAAACGUUACUUCUUAAAAUGACUUCGUUCCAAGUGAAAGUACUCCAGAAAAAGUUUACUUUGUUACAUGCUCACUUCUCAAAAAUAGUACUCAAGUACAGUAACGAAGUACAUUUACUUCAUUACUUGACGCCACUGAACGGGACUCUAUAGCUAAAGUGGCGUACUUUCCGGAGUGUGUAUUGUACUCUAUCCAUUUACUAUUCUAAUACUACUUACUGACUAAAACAUUUCCUAAUUCGCGUUGUUACAGAUUCCCGACGUUGAAGGCAAUGACUAUUGUUUGAAUCUAUAUAAGGCAUCUUUCUCCUUUUCCAAAUGGCUGAACUGCCUUGAACGAUGCACAAGUCAUGGGGAAUAUAAUCUCGUCGCAUUCAAUACACCAACAGGGAUUUUCUUACAAACUGUUCGCGAUGUUGUACCUGGACAACAACUAUGUGUGGCCUACGACCUGGCAUAUGGUGAGUUUUCUCAUUCGCACGAACUCUUCAAUGCAAGUGUUGUUUUUAGAGGAGUCGUUCCUGGAUUCCAAGAAAUAUGAUAGUAGUGCAGUACUUGCCUACCUAAAUCAGGAAUCAACCUACCGUAAUUGUUUACCUUCCGUUAUGAGAUUACUAAAUUACCUACUCGAUCAACCCUAACAGAUCUUUAGGCCAAUGAAAAUUGAUAUCAUGUUUCUCGUCCCCGCCCGCAUGGGAUUUAUCUGCCGCACGAAAAUUUUUCAUUAUUCAUUAUUUUUGAAAAAUAGGCUUAAAAACACCAAAUUCAUCUCCAGAUCAAAGUCUUAUUGCUGCAUUGCCAAGCGCAACUCAAAUUGUAUCUUUCUAACGAUAUUACUCGCCAGAAUGCCUCUAUUUUUCAUGUCAGCCUUGAUAUCUGUAGAAAUGUAUUGUAGUCUGUAGACUGUAGUGUAGGACUACAAUUAAUUAUACACCAAUUUUUAAUACUUGAGAUUUUUAUGGGGGGUUUUUACUGGGUCAAGGAAAUUAUUGACAAGCAGAAUUCAAAUACAAAAAAUAAUGAAAAAUGAAAAAAUCCCGCUCCAAAUUUUUGAAAAUUGUGGACGAGAAACAUGAUAUCAAUUUUCAUUGGCCUUAGGUUCCCACAGUUACCUAUGAUUGACGAAGCUUAAAUUAUCUUAUACUGGAAACUGGCUCUUUGGUAUUGUAAAUCAUCCCUUAGUUUCCUUUAGAAUAAAAAUUAAAAUUCUUCAUUGAUCUAAGAAACAAAGUUGACCAAGUCGGUAAAUUUGGUUGUUGAAAUGGUAAGCAUGCAUGUUGUUGUUUGCUGCUGUAUCACUUUCUUGUUGUUCGUAUACAAACCUUGAAUUUAUAAAGAAAGUCCUUAAAUUCUUCAUCCUGUUAGUUUCUGGACAUUUUCUGAAACUACUUGACAUUAAAAAACGGACAUUUUGUUGAAUUGAUUUUAUUCACUUCUCGCAAAGCUGUUUGAAGUUCAUUUAAGUUGCCAUUUUAUAUAACAGUUGCCUGGAAAGCCCUUGAAUUUUACUCUUCCUAACUUGUAUAAACCCUGACGUAUCGUAAUCUGCUUGGGAUUAUGUAGCAUCAACAAGUUUUAACAUUACAGCUGGUAUAGGUAGAAUAUCGCAGUUCUCACUGCUCUAAUUAAUGUAUAAAUAUGAGUACCCUCUCAAAAUAAAGUUUAUAUCAUUAUAUACCUUAUUUACCUGACGAAAUCUUUUAGUGGAAGGACAAAAUGUUCGCGAUCUCCUACAGUCCUACCCUACCCUGCAUGUACAUAUUACCAUGAAUCUGUGACAUAUGCGCAUGCAUUUAAUCACCAGAUAUAUGACAGGGUUACUAGGCAAAAUGGUAAAUUCAUUCAUUCAAAAAUGAUCAUGCCGACAAGUACUGGUGUUAGUGACAUUAUGUAGCGUAUAGAAUGUGAAGAAGACCAGUAUCAAAAAUUAUUAUUAUAGAAGACCAGUAUUAAAAAUUAUAUAUUACUAUAGAAGACCGGUAUCAAAAAUUAAUUAUGCUAUACUGCUACUACUUGUGGUGAAUAUAUUAAUAUAUGUAAAAAAUAAAGGAACUACAAUAACGAACUAAAAUCUGGUGAAGGAUUUGUGAGACAUAAAAUGAGACGUGGAUUUAAGAGCGAGAGAUUGAAAUUGAGUAGGAAAGGCAACACUGAACACGUUUCGACCAGCAGGGAGCUUGAUUUUUGACGGACGUAGGUGGAACUGAUAUAUAGAAGGAACAUAAACUCUAUUUCAUAUUCAUUUAGAAGCAUGGCGAACCAAGAUGGUGUUAGAUAUUCAGACAGUACAUCAUAUUUUUAAAAAAUACAGCAGUUCAAAAUGUAAACAAACCGUUUGUUUACAUUACGGACUUGACUUCCACUUUAAGAAUGGAAGGAUAAAUGAAUGAUAAUUAGGGACAAUAAAAAACUCACAAAUUGACUAGGCAAGCAUAGCAUAAAUUGUUUAUUAUUGACUUUAGUUCUCUUACCAAAGAUUUUGUUGUGGCGGGACAUUCCGACUCGUAGUUGAUCCCCCGGCGAACAUUUGUUCAGGAAGUCAUGAAAUUUUGAUCGUGUGCACAAGAAAGCACAAUUCAUGCUCCGUUCAUCAAAUAUUUUACCUACACUUCAUGCUCUUGAAUUCUCAUGAACAGUUGAUGAAUGGAAAAUCAGUUUGUUUUGAAUCAAACAGAAUUUUUGUUCAUUUGAAACCUUCACACCAAAUUUUAGUUGCUAAUCCUACUUUCCCUAUAGUUUUAAUCACCAGAAUUAAUCAGAGUAUAGAAUAUUUUUUUGAUACUGGUCUUCUCAUUUUAUAGGCUACACAAUGUCUUACACUAGGACUUAUGCAAUUACCUAUUCUAUACCAAAAUUGAGAAUUUUGGAAACAAAAAUAUUUUCUUACCACUAUGUCCAAGUCUGACCAGGCCACUGGUCUAAAAACGAGCCGCCAUUGAUGACCAUUUUCCAUCUUCUUCGGUGGCGAAGUGGUUAGCGCACUUGCCUUCACUUCUAAGGUCGCAGGUUCAAAUCUCAAUGAGAACAUCUCAAUGUGACUCGAACCCAGUCCUCAUGUGAAAAGAGUAAAAGUCAACGUCGGUUCUCCGGGUACUCGGGUUUCCUCCCACAGGGAAAGUUGACAGGGUGGGUUAGGCACAUAGGUCUAGGGGCAGAUCAUUAAUGAGAUAUGGACCAAUAGCGGCUGCUUAAAGCGCCAUUUGUAAGCUCACAGUCUACCUCGUUCUACUUCACGGCAGUUCCGGCUCUAAUGUAACCAGUCACUGAAAACCCCUGAUAGGGAGUGUGCUGAGUAAUAUAUGUAUGUAUGUAUAUGUAUCUAGACAACGCGUUUUCUUUCUUAGCGAUAUCUAGAAAGUGCAAAAAGGUGCUAAAAUGUCAGUAAAACAAUAGAGUUGUGGUUGUCACACCAAUAUGACCUCAUUUGCAUCAAUUUUAUAGAGCAGAUGAACUGUCCAGUCGUACAGUAGAUGUGAGAUCAGUUGGCCAGGCUUACUUAAGAAUUAUCAUGCAGUUAUUACAAUGUAUUUUAAAUUUAUUUUAGAUCUUCCACAAGUACUACAGACACCUGUACAGACGAUGCAAUCUUCAAAUACCUUUCCACCUGUGGGAAAUGUUGCUGAACCGUUCGUUAACUUGAGGUAUGCGAUUUCCUGUCAUAAAUGUGGCCAUAGUCAAUCAAGAUACAAGAUAGUCGGGAAACGCGAAAAUCUUUGUUCUAUCUUCCUCGCACCUACUAAAAUAGGAGUCAGUGACACAUGUCUCCUUCAUGUAUUGUUAUUACAUGAUCAAAAACACUUCGAAGUUCCGAAGUAGUUAGGCCAAACCUUUACAAGAAUCAUACAGCAUUGAAAUAAACUCAGGAAAUUUCUGAAAUUGAAAUCAGGCGCAGAUCACGGUGGUUGCGGGCCAAUAUUUUGGGAUGGGUACUAUGUAGUAUUUAAAACACGAGAAGGAGUGUUUUAUCAUAAAUUAUUUAAAACGCGAGGCGCAGCCGAGCGUUUUAGAUAUGAUAAAACGCGAGUUCGAGUGUUUUGAAUAGCUUAAAAUACGACUACAAAAUAAUGCUAAUUAGGAUGAACAAUUAUAUAAUCAUACUAAUUAGGAUGAAGAAUUAUAUAAAGAAUACUAAUGAAGAUGAGUUUUAUCAGAUAUACUGUAAAGUCACUCCACGUGACAUAUUAUGGCUGACAUGAUUUGCCACAAGGCUGACAUGAUUUGGCUGACAUGAUUUGCCGUAUUUUAAAUAUAUGUACAGUAUAGUGUUGUUGUAGCAUUACAUUCCCUUUAAUUUUUUUUUGUAAAUCAGCAGCGGGCGGAAUCCUAGCGUUUUCUGCAAUCUGAUUGGCUGCAGCAGCGGGCGGAAUUUUACGAUAUUUGACCACGGUGCGGAAUCCUAUACGUAAUGGCCGAAGCAAAGCAAAAAUUUUUGUAUGUUUGUUUUAAAAAUGAAAAAUAUGAAUAUGUAAUUUUGUAAUAAUUUUAAUGAUGGAUCAAAUAAUUGUACUGUAUUUUAAUUGAAUUGUUUGUUUUCUAAAGUAAAAUAAUUAAAUAUCAAAAUAUUUUUAUUGUUUUGUUUUCUAUAUGCGCAAUCUAAUAAAACCGUUGCCAUUUGCCUCUGAGUCUUCUACAAAAAAAUAAAUACGUUAUUUACCGUUUAGGUCGGUCCGGAUAGAAAAAUAUUUAGAAAAAUAUUUUUCUAUCCGGACCUCCCAGCCGGUAAAUAACAUAAUUAUAUGUAUUUCAUUGCGCAUACGCUUGAACUUUUUCUGUGUUUUUCAAUAAGAUAUCACUGAACUCUAUUGGUUUUGUAUGGCCAUUUUUAUUGUGCCGUACUCUGAAUGUUUGUGAUCAUGAAGUGACGGCCGUCAAGAAGUGAGGAACAUCUAUAUAUUUCAAAUUAUUUUUUAGCGUAUUGCGAUGGUAUUUUACCAACCGCGAAGGCCAGUGUGAACGCCUGAGCAGGCGUCUUGUUCUAGCUAGUUAAAAUGAUGUUGCAUGUGAACUAUUCAUAAGCUACUAGCUAAAUGCAAAUUAUAUACAUGUGUAGGCGAGGUUAAAUAUUAGGAUUUUUUGGCAUCCCACUCGAUUGAAGGCUUUUGUAAAUGGAAUUUUUGAGUGUAAAUUUCAUACAUUUAUUUAGACAUAACUAGUUGCAAUAUGCAAGGGCCUAUAGUUGACAAUAAAAGUAAAAGACGAGUCAUAUACAGUAGAAGAAACGUGUAUUUAAUUUUGUAGAGCUACUGUUGGUCCGGAAUUCCUUGCAAGAAUUCAUGAGCAGCGAACGUCGGCUAGUGCUUUGGAAAUGGCAAAUCAUAAUGAUAAUCAUGUUAGCACUGAUGAUAACGAUACGGAGUUGCCAGAAGAUAUCAAACCAACUUACAAUGUGAUGACAGCCGAUGUCUCAGAAACGUACUACCCUCCCAUUGAAGAUUCAAGUAAGUCUAACUCCUUUGCAGCUUUUAUACUAUUGUUCCCAGUAAACUGCGAAACGACCGUUUUUUAGGCGGUUUGUCAAUAACAGUUUAGUCAAUUACGAAGGACAUAUUUGUGUACCCCGUGAUCACAAUUUGUUGCAAGCGGCGUGUGAAAAACUGCAAGUUUCAGUUUGACCGUUCUGGCAAUUAAAUGGUUUUUAAUUUUAUUGUCCAAUCAGGUGCGUAGUUUUGAUUUAAAAUUCAAAGCUACACAUCUGAUUGGACAAUAAAAUUAGAAACUCAUUUAACUGUCAGAACUGUCAAACUGAAACUCGCAGUUUUUCACACGCCGCUUGCAGCGAAUUGAGAUCACGAGAUACACAAAUAUGUCCUUCGUAAUUGACAAAACUGUCACUGACAAACUGCCUAAAAAACGGUCGUUUCGCAGUUUACUGGGAACAAUAGUACAGUAUUUAAGGAUGUUCCAAGGAAUAUACAACCCAGGUGCGAAUACUGAACUCUAUAAUAUGGAAGGCUGACUCAAAAAGUGAAGCCAAGCAUGGCGAAUUUUGAAGGCAUUCAUGCGCGUCAGCUUCAGUCUCCCAACACACGCGGUCAACUUAUACAUUUCCCCUAUCUUUGCAUGAGUAUUAAAAACAGAAGACAUUUGAAUGAAAAGUUGAAUGUUAGUGUUUUGUUUUUGGUUGGUUUUAAAUUUUAAUGAAAGUUAUUUAAAAGACGAUAUAUUUUACUAGGAAGAAAGCAAAAGAGCGCCGGGUUAUUGUUUUUGGAAAUGACAAAGAAAAUCAACACUUAUAUGACAAACAAAACACACAUGUUACUCAAUCUGUUUUCGCAUGUGAAAAGGGUUUUUCACUCGUAUAAACAGCCCUGUCAUUGAAACAACAAUUUAAGUUAACAAAGUCAUUUUAUUAAAUACAUAUUAUAAUAUACAUAAAAAUAUUACUCGACUGUGAUUGAUUUCAAAGCAGUUAAUGUCAAGCAGCAGUGCAAAUAUCUGUAACAAACUGAUCUGAUUGGUGGAAAAACAAUGGGAUAUAAAAUCAACCAAUCGGCUUAAGGGAGGCAGUGGUCAAGUAACGGUCGGCUUUUAUAUUUUUUUAAAUGGAAAAAAAACUUUACCUUAAGGCCGUUUUCCACUAGGCGGAAUUUUGCGCGCGGAGCGGAAUUUCUCUUUGUUAUUUCUGAUUAGUCCCACCCGAGAAAUCACAAGACAAAGAAAAAUUCCGCUCCGCGCGCAAAAUUCCGCCCAGUGGAAAACAGCCUUUAAACUAACAAAUUUCAAGUCGGUUCGAGUGGGUGAUAUUUCGGUCUAGUUUGACCUCGUAGCUCAGUUGGUAGAGGAUUGGACUAGCAAACCAAAGGUCGUGGGUUUGAUUCCCACCGCCGUCAAGCAAACUGUUCAGCUUGCCAGGUGUGGACACACUCAGAGACAACAUCACAAACAUAUAUCUUCACCUGAGUGCAUAAUAUCAGAAACAAAAAACUUAAGACUUCUUCCAAUUUCCUUAUCAAAUCCCCAGAACGUUGCUGCCCGUAGAUACCUCUAAUGCUUUUGCGUUUGGUUAACGGUCCUACUCUAAACAAGCUAACAGGCUAAGGUUAACUCGACGAGCACCGACAAUUUGGCUGGAUAGAUGUAAAAUUAAUUUUGUCCAGUAAUUGUUUAUUAUACUAUGCUUGGUUUAGGAAACCCUUUGAACGAAGAAUUCACGCGAAAUAGUUCACAAGACGGAAAAGUGAACAAGGCUGGCGGAAAAGGCAAAAUGUACAAGUGAGUCUCUAUGAUCCCGUUGCCGCCAUUCAUAAUUUUGUCAAGUCUGUUUGACUUACGUAGAAAUAUAAUGCUUUAGGUAGGCGAUAAAUAGACUUUAUAAAAUUGCAAUUGGCCGAAAAUUUACUCAGUUAAAUAUAACAUUUCCAGUAAUCAUUUCCCUUCCCAGCAACAAAUGAGAAAUCUUAUUUCUAUAUUGUAUGCGAAUUUUAACUAUUUAGUUUCUGUCUUAUGUGAAUUAUAGUAAGAAUCACGGCAUCAUAUUGAGUAAGAAGUUAGAUAAUUCAUUCGAAAAGUGGACGCUAUUGUGUCCGAAAUUUCUGGUAAUGAAAUCAUGAUCUGCAAUGUGACGUCACAAUGAUCAUGCACAUGAAACACUGUCAUCUGAAUAACGAAACGAGCUAAAAAUAUUUGGAAAAAAGAUCUUAUAUGGUCAUUUUCACAAUGCAGGCAUGAAAGAGUGAAGUAAUGCAAUCGCAAAUUCCGUAGUGUAAAAUUCACUAUUUUAUUCCAGUACUAUAGCCACUUACUA